AUGCCACCAAAGCCCACUAACUGGCGCAUGUAUGGCAAGAUGGCUGUUGCCGGCUUGACAUGCUGUGUCGGCGGUCCAGCUCUGAUCUACUACGUUUCUCCAACCGAAGAAGAACUCUUCCUGAAAUAUAAUCCAGAGUUACAGAAGCGCAGCUUGGAGAAUCGAGUAGGGAAACAAGAGGAUUUCGAUAACUUCGUGGCAAGAUUGAAGGAGUAUAGUAAGAGUGACAGACCGAUCUGGGUCGAAGCCGAAGAAGCCGCACGCAAAAAGCGUAGUGGAAAGAUAGAAGAACAAGCCAAAUUGAUGCAAGAGAUGCAAGAGAGGAAAGAAGAAAUUAAAAAGAGUGGAACAAAAUUGAUGCCCGGGGGAAGUCUUUAA